GUCUCCCUUUUUUACUGACACUUACGCUGAGGCUGUCUCCCUUUUUUACUGACACUUACGCUGAGGCUGUCUCGCUUUUAUACUGACACUUACGUUCUGCCGACACUUACGUUUUCUUACGUUUUUUGUGCUCCGUUUGAACAGUUUGUUGUGGGACGUCGUUCGUCGCGCGUUCGGGAGCAAAAAAAUAGUAAAAUGAUCAAGAUCCAACGGCCGCCCAGAGCAAAUAAGAAUCGCAAUUGCCGAGCAAUUGCAGAGUGCCAUGUGUGAAGUGUGCCAGCAGUGGGAAAAUGCGAAUGCCGAAGGACAAUAGCAACAAUGCCAGUUCGAUACAUACACACAGUCGAGGGCCGAUGAAAAACUGGUAUAUAAAAGACGCCAAAAGCUUGCGAAAAAGAGAGCAAACGCGCCCCUAACUUGGCUGCAGGAUAAUAAAACGGCGAUACAGAACCAGGCGACGACGAUUCGUGGGGCAGGAUAAACAGCAAGCAAACCGUCCGUGAUGUCACAACAACACCCCCAUCACGCCCACCCCCACCCCCAUCACUACGCCCACCACUACCCGCCCCCUGCUACGCCCAUGUCCCUGCAGCAACAGCAGCAGCAGCAGCUGCAGCAAACGCAGCAGACGCCGCAGCAGCAGCACGCCAAUUGGUACUCACAUGUUGCUUCCUACCCCACACCCCACUCGGCCUUCGGCCCCGCCCCCGCCCCCGACCCAUCCUGCAAGGCCACCAGCAACAGCAACAACAACAUCAUGGGUGGGGGAGGAGGAGGCUAUGGCCCACAAGGGGGUGGUGGUGGCACGCAGGGUUAUUAUGGCGCCGCUGGCGGUGGCCUCAAUGUCAGUGGGACGGUGGUGGGUGGUGGUGGGCCGAGCUACGGCCUUGGGGCCAACACAGUGGCAUAUGCCCACAACCAACUGCUGCAGUACCAACAACAACAACAACAGCAGCAGCAGCAACAACAUCAGCAACUUCCACAACACCUAAGCCAACAAAGGCCCUAUAUGGGCCACAAUAUCAUGACCGGCAGCUAUCCCUAUAUCAAAAGCGAACCCAUGGAGGCCUUCCAGCAGCCUCCCAAUCCCAUGGCCCCGCCCCCGGCACCAGAAAUAUUGAUAAAAUCGGAACCCAUUGACGAACAUUCCUACAAGUCAAACUAUAUAGACGACAACACUCCAUUUGCGGACUUUAGCAAGUUCAGCGAAUUCAGCGAGGACAUGUUGAGUCCCAAAGUGGAACUGACCGUCAAGAAUGAGUCCUACGGAAGGAAUACCAGCAGCUUUCUGCGCCGCAAACAGCAAUUGGAUCGGAGCUCCGAGAGCCUGCCCAUCUGCCAGCGCUGCAAGGAAGUCUUCUUCAAGAAGCAGGCCUAUCUGCGCCACGUGGCCGAGAGCAAUUGCGGGAUGCAGGAGUACGACUUCAAGUGCACCACCUGCCCCAUGUCCUUCAUGACCACCGAGGAGCUGCAGCGGCACAAGCAUCUCCACCGUGCCGACAAGUUCUUCUGCCACAAGUAUUGCGGCAAGCACUUCGACACGAUCGCAGAGUGCGAAGCGCAUGAGUACAUGCAGCACGAAUACGAUAGCUUUGUCUGCAACAUGUGCUCUGGAACCUUCGCUACCCGUGAGCAGCUUUACGCCCACCUGCCGCAACAUAAAUUCCAGCAGCGCUUCGACUGUCCCAUCUGCCGCCUGUGGUAUCAGACGGCUCUCGAGCUCCACGAACAUCGUUUGGCCGCACCCUACUUCUGCGGCAAGUAUUAUACGGGGGUUCAGGCAACCUCUGGAUCACACUCGCAGGCGCAGCAGCACCAGACGAACUACAAGCUGCAGGAUUGCCAUAUGGCGACUAUGGAAAUGCCCACCGCCCCGCACCACAAAUCGAACCCAUCCAGCUCGUCCUUGCCGGCCACGGCUGCAUUAAAUUCACUGCUGCAGCAGCGCCAGGCAAAUGCCGAUGGAGCAGCCAUGUUCGCAGCUUCUGCGCUUAAGAACGAUGUGAAUGUGAAGCUGGAGCGCAGCUAUAGCAACUCGACCAGCGAGUCAUCCUACAGCGUUCAGGAGAAUAGCUACAAUAAUGCCUAUGGAAGCGAUAGCUCAAUCCAUGGAGGAGCGAUCGCUGGGCCACAGGCACACUCAUCGACGCUGGACGACUCCGAGGACGCAUUGUGCUGUGUGCCACUGUGCGGAGUACGGAAGAGCACCAGCCCCACGCUGCAGUUUUUCACGUUCCCCAAGGACGAAAAGUACCUCAACCAGUGGCUGCACAAUCUCAAGAUGUUCCACAUACCCGCCGCAAGCUACGCCAAUUUCCGCAUCUGCAGCAUGCACUUCCCGAAGCGCUGCAUCAAUCGCUAUUCGCUGUGCUAUUGGGCAGUGCCCACGUUCAACCUGGGUCAUGAUGACGUGGCCAAUCUCUACCAGAACAGGGAACUGACCAACACCUUCACCACCGGCGAGGUAGCGCGUUGCAGCAUGCCGCACUGCACCAGUCAACGGGGUGAGAGCAACUUAAAGUUCUACAAUUUUCCCAAGGACAUCAAGAGCCUCAUCAAGUGGUGCCAGAACGCACGACUUCCCGUUCAGGCGAAGGAGCCGCGUCACUUCUGUAGCCGCCAUUUCGAGGAGCGCUGCAUCGGCAAGUUCCGGCUGAAGCCAUGGGCGGUGCCAACCUUACAUCUGGGUGCCCAGUAUGGCAAGAUCCACGACAACCCCAAGAAUCUGUACGUGGAGGAGAAACGCUGCUGCCUCAACUUCUGCCGCCGGAGCCGAUCCUCUGACUUCAAUAUGUCGCUAUAUCGUUUUCCCAGAGAUGAGGUGCUCCUACGACGCUGGUGCUACAAUCUACGCCUGGAUCCGGGAGUGUAUCGCGGCAAGAAUCACAAAAUAUGUAGCGCCCACUUUAUCAAAGAGGCUUUGGGUCUGCGGAAGCUAUCACCGGGUGCCGUUCCCACGCUUCACCUGGGUCACACUGACACCUUCAACAUCUACGAGAACGAGCUGUGGCCACCGCCAACGGCUUCCAACAGUCACAGCAAUGUCCUCCAGCAGCACCAGGCGCAUCAUCACCAUUCGCAACAUUCACUGCAACAGCACCUGCACAGCAAAUCAUACCAGCGUCACUCAGCGGCGUCUACGUCAUCCUCGGCCAGUUCGACCUCUCACUACGUUGAUCCUGAGCUGACGUCCUCUUACCUGGCCAUGGGUGCCGGUGGAUCCUCGGCGAUGAACGCCAGCGACAGCAUGGACAUCUGCUGUGUGCCUAGUUGCGAGAGCAAGCGACACAACAACGAGAACAUCACAUUCCACACCAUACCGCGCCGACCGGAGCAGAUGCGCAAGUGGUGCCACAACCUAAAGAUACCAGAGGAAAAGAUGCACAAAGGCAUGCGUAUCUGUAGUCUGCACUUCGAGCCUUACUGCAUCGGCGGUUGUAUGCGUCCAUUUGCGGUGCCCACCCUCAAUUUGGGUCACGACGAGGAAGAUAUUCAUCGGAAUCCGGAUGUGAUUAAAAAGCUGAAUAUCCGGGAAACAUGCUGCGUCGCCGUAUGCAAGAGAAAUCGAGACAGGGAUCAUGCCAACCUGCACCGAUUCCCAAGUAAUGUGUCAUUGCUGACCAAGUGGUGUGGCAAUCUCCAAAGGGCCGUUCCGGAUGGCAGUAAACUGUUUAACGACGCCAUCUGUGAGGUGCACUUCGAGGAUCGAUGCCUGCGCAAUAAAAGGCUGGAGAAGUGGGCGGUGCCUACACUGAUCCUGGGCCACGAAAACAUCCCAUAUCCUCUUCCAACACCGGAACAGGUCACUGAGUUCUAUUCUCGACCCACUGCGCCAAACAAUGGCGAAGAACAGGGCGAGUGCUGCGUGGAGAGCUGCAAGAGAAAUCCCAGUGUGGACGACAUCAAGCUUUACCGGCCGCCGGAGGAGGCUUCCGUGUUGGCCAAAUGGGCACACAACCUGCAAACAGAGGCUAGUCAGCUGACGAGCAUGAGGAUCUGUAAUCUUCACUUCGAGGCACACUGCAUCGGCAAGCGGAUGCGACCUUGGGCGAUACCGACAUUAAACCUGGCUGGCAAUAUAGAGAAUCUCUAUGAGAAUCCAGAGCACUCGAUGCUGUACAAGCGGCGAACUCACACGAAAACCAAGCUCCCGGCUUCCGUAAAGCCCACUUGGGUGCCCAGGUGCUGUCUUCCACACUGCCGCAAAGUUCGAGCUCUACACAACGUUCAGCUCUAUCGGUUCCCCAAGCUUAAUCGCUCUACUCUGGCCAAGUGGGCGCACAAUCUGCAGGUCCCCAUGGUUGGCAGUGCCCAACGCCGGCUGUGCUCGGCUCAUUUUGAGCCACAUGUGCUGAGCAAAAAGUGUCCGGUGCCGCUGGCGGUACCCACACUGGACUUAAACUCGCCGCCCGGCUUAAAGAUCUACCAAAAUCCGGCAAAGCUGAAGGCAAGCAAGCUGUGUCUGCAGCGUGUGUGCAUAGUAGAAAGUUGCCGCAAGACGAGGGCGCAGGGCGUCCAGCUCUUCCGGCUCCCGCAUAGUCCCACGCAGCUGCGCAAGUGGAUGCACAACAUCAAGACGCGUCCUAGGGCGGCUAUGAGGGCUCAAUACCGAGUAUGUUCCCGUCAUUUCGAGACACACUCGUUCAAUGGCAGGAGAUUAAGCGCUGGCGCCAUUCCUACCCUGGAAUUGGGUCACGACGACGAGGACAUCUAUCCCAACGAAGCACAGGCCUUUGCGGACGAGCACUGCGUGGUGGAGGGUUGCGAGGCAUCCAAGGAACAGGCGGAGGUACGACUCUUCCGAUUUCCCACGGAUGACGACGAUAUGCUAUGGAAGUGGUGCAACAAUCUUAAGAUGAACCCAGUGGAUUGCACAGGAGUUCGCAUAUGUAACAAACACUUCGAGGCGGAUUGCAUCGGGCCCAAGCACCUGUACAAGUGGGCUAUCCCCACUCAGGAACUCGGUCACGACGAUGCCGAGAUCGAGUUAAUACCGAACCCCAAGCCAGAGGACCGGUAUGUGGAUCCGGUGUUCAAGUGCAUUGUGCCCACCUGCGGGAAGACGCGCCGCUUUGACGAGGUGCAGAUGAACAGCUUUCCCAAGGACCCUAAUCUCUUCCAGCGCUGGCAGCACAAUCUGCGACUGGAUCACCUUAACUUCCUGGAACGCGAACGCUACAAGAUCUGUAAUGCGCACUUUGAGGACAUCUGUAUUGGCAAGACUCGGUUAAACAUAGGCUCGAUCCCUACCCUAGAGUUGGGCCACGACGAGACGGAUGAUCUGUUCCAGGUGAAUCCGUCGGAGUUGCAGAGCAACCUUUUCGGACGACAGCGGCGGAUACACGAGGAAUCUGGUGGGAUAGCCAUCAAGCAGGAACUUUCCGAGUCGGAAGACGUUAAACCGGAUGUGACAAUCAUGCCCGAUGCCACAGAUUCGAGAACUAGACAGGUAAAGUUUAAGAAAACGAUGUCCGAUCUGAAGUGCUGUGUCCACAGUUGUGGACGCAGUCGUAUGGAGCACGGAGCACGGCUUUUUCCCUUUCCCACCGGCAAGCAGCAACAUCUCAAGUGGCGACACAACCUGCGACUGGAGCCCGACGAGGUGGACCGAUCGACACGGGUUUGCAGUGCCCACUUUAACCGGCGUUGCAUUGACGGCAAGCAACUGAGGAGUUGGGCAAUGCCCACGCAACAACUGGGCCACCAUGAGCAGCCGAUCUACGAGAAUCCGAAGAACAUACCGGGAUUCUUCACACCCACCUGUGCCCUGGGGCACUGCCGCAAGCGUCGGAGCAUCGACAACGAUCUGCGCACCUACCGAUAUCCAAGAAGUGAGGAUCUGCUGGAGAAGUGGCGGGCGAAUUUGCGUCUAACCCCGGAUCAGUGCCGCGGCAGGAUUUGUGCGGAUCACUUUGAGGCACAGGUUCGGGGCAAACUAAAGCUGAAGACAGGUGCAGUGCCCACUUUGAAACUGGGUCACGAUGAGGGGUUAAUCUACGACAAUGAGGCUAUAAAGGUUGGACUGACCGAGGAUGAGGAAGGCAGCUCUGAGUUGCCGCGACUGAAACCAAAAAAGGAGCUAAUCGAUGAGGAGGAGGAAGACGGGGAGGCUGAGGAGGAGCACAAUGACCAGGAUAAUGAGGAUGAAGAUGAGAAAGACGACCACUAUUUUGAUCCGCUUGAACUGGUAGAGACCUUUGCCGAACAUCCAAGCGAUGAUGAAGCCGAAUAUCGUCGGGAUGAAGAGGAUGAUCGAGACGAAGAAGAGGACUUGGAGGAAAUGGAUCACUUCCUGCCAGACACGCCACCGACUCCUCCAAUCGUCCCACUGCGCCGGGAAAAGCCCGCCAACAAUGUGACGCCCAUUUGCUGCCUAAAGCACUGCAGGAAGGAACGUACUGCCUUUCACCUUCUCAGCACCUUUGGUUUUCCCAAGGAUCGCCAGCUGCUGCUCAAGUGGUGUGCCAAUCUUCACCUGAAUCCGGAUGAUUGCAUCGGCCGGGUUUGCAUAGAGCACUUCCAGGCUGAGGUACUCGGAACCCGAAAGCUCAAGCAGAAUGCGGUACCCACACUCAACGUGGGACAUAAUGAGCCACUUAGAUACUCGUGUAAUGGAAUGGAUCUGGAUCUGGAGCAAUCACAGCCACAGCACUCGGUUUUUCGGCUUUGGAGCCUGAAACACUGCCGCAAGAGGAAGCUAACAGAGCCGCCGGAUAUUCGACCAAGCAAAUGGAGGACAGCGGAAGUUCAGAUGAUGCAGAGAUUGAAGAUGGAGAUUCAGGAAGAGAGGAAGAUCAAGAUGGAGAUGCAGACGGAGAGGGAUAUAAAGACGGAGGCGAAGACUCUAACGAAGAAUCAGAGGGAGAGUAAACCGAUAAAAUGUUGCAUCAGCACCUGCGCAAAAGAGGAGGAUAAGCAAUUAUUCUCACUGCCUGAGGAGCGAAGUCUUUUAAGAAAGUGGCAGCACAACCUAAAGCUCUCCAUGGACACGAGUUUCAGCGAUAUUCGAGUAUGUCUGUAUCAUUUUGAAGCGGAAGUUAUGGAAAAUGGAAAGCCGUUGGAGCAGGCAAUUCCCACCUUAAGGCUAGACCAAAAUAGUUGGAACAUCUACAGAAACAACGGAGCUUGUCUGAUCGCCGCUUGUGAAAAUUCUUCCUCAAGCUUAGUGGACUUGCCUGGAAAUAUGAUAAUUAGAACCGCCUGGAUGUCCCACCUUAAUCUGCCUCUCGGCAGUGAUGGUCUUCUAUGUGGCUCCCACUUCAUGGAGCUGUAUGAACAAGUGGAAUUGCCCAAGGUUCUCGCAGAAAAGGAUUUGGAGGAUUUGCUGUGGACUGCUGACGAACUCAAAUGCGCUGUGCCUGGUUGCUCCUCCAAAAAUGUCAAGGAUCUUCAGCUCACUCAGCUUCCAGACAAGGAGGAGACGCUUUUCAAGUGGCUACAUAAUACUAAGAUAGCUUACGAUCAUUCGAGGCAUAAAAGCUAUCGCAUCUGUGUGCGCCACUUUGAACCAGCGUGCAUAGAAGCGGAUUUUCCAAAACCAUGGGCUAUACCCACCUUGCAUCUGAGCCAUGAGGGCAAGAUUCACUUGAAUCCCUGUCAGCAAGAUCUUGAGUCACGCAGUAUAACUCCCAAUAGCAAUGCAAGGCUAACUCCACUAAGAAUUAAAACAGAUCUCGCAUCUCUGAGCAGUCCCUGCGCGAGUGCAAGUCCCAGUCCUCGAGGCAGGAUGAGGAUAUGUUGUAUUCCCACAUGUGGACAGUUUGGAAACAGCCAAAUACGGCUCUACCGCUUCCCCACCGAAGAGCAGGCUUUGCUCCGGUGGCUGGUGAACACGCAACAGCAACCCCGCCUUGUGGAUCCCCUGGAGCUUUACGUGUGCCAGUCUCACUUCGAACCCGAUGCCAUUUGUAAGAAGCAACUUCGCAGCUGGGCAGAGCCCACAUUAAACUUGGGCCACGACGGCUAUGUUAUCCCCAAUGCCAGGCACAACGGAAACAUCGCUGGCGGGCAGGACACUGAGCAGGCGAUGAGGUUUAUCCGGGAACGCUUUUGCUCCGUGCUGUCUUGUUUCCAGGCUGAAGAUAGUGGAAUACGGCUCUAUGAGUAUCCCAAGGAUAUGGCAACGAUACGAAAGUGGGCAGCCGCCUGCAGACAUCGCUCGAUGCAGGCCAGCAGCCAUGGGUUCAAGGUGUGCCAGUCUCAUUUUGCCCCGGAAUGCUUUCAACCGGACACUUUGGAUUUAAUUGACGGAUCAGUUCCAACUCUGGAGUUAAGCAGAGAUGACAUUGAAAAACACUGCUUGGUGCCCGGAUGUGUGAAGGAUGCGAGUGGCGACCGUCUCCGCUUCUACAAGGUACCAAAGAACGCUGCUCAUCUGGAAGCUUGGAGCAACAACCUGAAGAUCAAUUCCCUGGACCUCGGUCAGGGAGAGCAGCUCAUCUGCGAGCGCCACUUUGAAUCCUUUUGUUUUGGUGCCAACAGGGGUUUGCGCCCUGGGGCGCUUCCGACUCUUUUGCUUGGUCAUGACGAGCAGGUGGAGAUGUUACCCAAUCCCGAAAAUCUCUGUCAAAGUAAACCAGAGGUGUGCUGUGCACCUGGAUGCGGACGGGUACGGCAGCUGGGAGACGCUCAGUUCAAUGGUUUUCCGAAAGUAUUGGCGUUGGCCGAGAAGUGGAUGUAUAACCUCCGUCUGAGAGUUACUAAGGAUCAGCUAGGCAGGCUGAAAGUCUGCAGUGAACACUUUGAAUCCUCUCUCUUUGAAAAAAGUGGAUUAAUCUCCGGUUCGAUACCCACUCUGGAACUGGGACAUUCCUCUCCGGACAUUUUCCAGACGGAGCUACAAAAUCUGGGCAAAUGCUUAAAGCUUUCCAAGCGAGCCCUGAUGCCGGAUGUCGAUUGCUGUUAUCCUGAGUGCAAAGAAUUCUCUAGGAACCUGUCUUACACUCUGCCCCAUGAGGAGAACCUCAGAAGAGCUUGGCUGCGUCAUUUGGACAUCGAAGAGCCGGCUAAUGGUGUCGGCCAGCUUUGUCCGCUGCAUUAUGUGAUUCUCUAUGAUCUCAGUGAUAAAAACUUUCCAGAGCACGUUCCAAAUAGAUUCCUCGAAGAUAAUUACCAUUCUGCUCGAAGCAAUCGGCGCGUGAAAAUAGUUAGCUGCGCAGUCAAAGGUUGUGAGAUGAUCAGGCCCCGGGAUAAAGUUCUGUUGCACGGAUUGCCGCAAAGAAAAGACAUCCUCAAGAUGUGGGUGGAAAAUGGACAAUUGGAGAUUACGGAGCAGCAGCAUCAAUACAUGCUCAAGGUAUGUCGCAACCACUUUGAGUCACGCUGCUCGUUUGAUGACCGAAGGCUGCAUCCCUGGAGCGUUCCCACUCUGCACUUGCCAGCAGAUCCUGUGCAUCAGAUUCCCACCAAAGAGGAGUGGCUCGAGAUGACAGCCAAACUGACUCAGGAAGCCGGGACAAUCAAACAAGAAAGGGUGGAGGAAUUUCAGGAGGAGGACGAGUGUGACAACUCUCUGUUGGAACCCAUUGUAAGAAUGGAGCACAUCGAGUCCGAUGAGGAAGACUCGGAGAUGCAGGCUCUGGAGGUGCUUCUGGAGGUUGGUCAUGUUGAGCGGAUGGACAGCUACGAGAAGGUGGACAAAUCCUAUAACGAACUCGCCUCCAUUUACCAACCUAUUGGCAUUCGGAACCAGUACAAUGCCAACCACUGUGCCGUUGAGGGAUGCGAGGUGACUGUUGAGGACGUGGAUGGGACUAUUAAGCUUCACAAAUUCCCCGCCUCUUCGGAGGCUGCUAGGAAGUGGAUGCACAACACCCAAGUUGACAUGGACGAGAAGUUCUGGUGGCGCUAUCGCAUUUGCAGUUACCAUUUCGAUCAGGAGUGCUUUCAAAGCGCCAGGAUAAAGAAGGGAGCGAUGCCCACUCUACUCUUGGGGCCAAAGAGACCGGACAAGCUGUACGAGAAUGAGUUUGCCAUACAGGAUAUGGAAGAGCUUCUUUUGCCUUUGCCACAAGGUGCUCUGCCAAGUGAGCAUAAGGGGGAGACCGUUCGAGAGGUCACCAAAUUAUGCAUGCCGACGCCGGCUCCGCCUCAAAAGUCCAGCAAGUUUUGUCAGAUUGAGGGAUGUAUGAAUCACCUGACCACUGAAAACAUGACGCUGCACAAAUUCCCUCAUUCCGAGGACAUGUGCCUCAAGUGGCAGCACAACACACAGGUGCCAUUCGAUCCCUUUUACCGGUGGCGCUAUCGCAUCUGCAGUGCCCACUUUCAUCCGGUGUGCCUGCUCAACAUGCGACUAGUUCACGGCAGUGUGCCCACGCUGAAACUGGGAAGCAAGGCUCCCAGCGAGCUCUUCGACAACGACUUCGAGGCCAUCAACCUUAGGCUGGACAAGAGGUCGGGAGCGGAGUCAAGCAACGUACAGAUCAAGGAGGAAAGGGAUGAAGACGAAGACUCUAUGCUGUUCCUAGAGCCAGAGUUGCAGCUGCACGAGGACCAAGAAGAGGAGGAUACGGUACCUAUACAACUAUCGUUUAGCCAGUCAAACUGGAAAAGCCAUUUACGUCUUCCUGUUAAGCAAGAGAAGGUUACCUACAACCAGGUAAAGUCGGGAUACGAUAAGUGCUCAUUGGCUCAUUGCCAGCGUCAGAGAUCUCAGCACGGCGUCCACAUAUACAAGUUCCCCAAAUCGAGGCGCCAGCAAGACCGUUGGAUGCACAACCUACGCAUCCGUUACGAUGAGCGGCGUCCGUGGAAGUUCAUGAUCUGCAGCGUUCACUUCGAGCCGCACUGCAUCAGCCUGAGGAAGCUGCGCCCCUGGGCGGUGCCCACGCUGGAGCUGGGCGUCAAUGUGCCGGAGAAGAUCUUCACGAACGAACAGUGCCAGGAGCUAGCAACAGAUCGCAGUGAGGCCGAAAGCGACGGCGGCGAGGAGGAGGAUGGCCUACAGGAGGACGAGGAAGACGAGGAUGGCCUACAGGAGGACGAUGAAAUGGAGCCGGAGGUUCGCAUCAAGCGAGAGCGACGUUCCAAGUUCGACCCUUGGCCUCCUGGCACGAUUCCGCCGUGGAAGGUCAAGCAGUGCUGCCUCCCGUACUGCCGCGCCUUCCGUGGCGAAGGGAUCAAGCUGUUCCGGCUGCCCAAUAACCGCACCUCCGUCCGCAACUGGGAGCUGGCAACGGGCAUGGUCUUCAAGGAGACUCAGCGAAAUACGCGAUUGAUCUGCAGCCGUCACUUCGAGCCCGAGUUGAUUGGGGUAAGGCGUCUCAUGCGCAACGCCAUCCCCACGCGGCAUUUGAAUCCCCAAGGAGGUGUCUCGGUCGAAGUUAAGAAAAAGCCAAAUCCUCCCGUCCCCAUUGCAACCUGUUGCAUGGCUGACUGCCAUCACAAUGGAAAUGUCAAGCUCCACAAGUUUCCCAGUGAUCCCUCGCUGCUUAGACAGUGGUGCCAAGCACUCAGGCUUACGGAUACUCAGAGAUACCGGGGCAAACAUAUCUGCUCGGUCCACCUGCCCACCGACAAGACCAUAAGAUGCGUUAUCUGCGAGGUGGACAACGUUCAGCUGCCGAUGCUGGACUUUCCGGAGCAGCGCAAUCAGCGCGCCAAGUGGUGCUACAAUCUCAAGAUCGAGGCCAUACCAAAGUGGGACCGCUCCAAGCACAUCUGCUGUCGUCACUUUGAGUCGCAUUGUUUUGCCCAGCCUGGUGAAUUGCGUCCUGGUGCAAUUCCCACGCUGCAUUUGAACCACGACGAUACGAACAUAUUCCUCAGCGACUACGCCAGUGGUCCGACCAGCAAUCGGAUCAAGGACGAGCCCAUGGACAACGACGACAUGCUGCUGGUUUAGUCUACCCACAAGGAAUCAUUUUAGUCUAGUUUUAGCUGUACCAUUUUAUAGACCUUUUUGUACAUUCAUUGUACCAUUGCCACAUCACGUCUUCUAGUUUUACCAUGUAGUCUCUACCGGUGAUUUUAAUGCGUUAUUAAUUUGUAAGUGGCUUUAGGAGAAUAUGCCAUACAAAGAAACAAACACAAUGUUCCUUAAGUUUUUGUUUUUACUUUUUAUACAUACGUACUUUAACUGUGAAAGAAAUGUGUUUAGUUUCCAUGAUACAUAUAUAAACUAUAGAUACAUACGUAUUAUGUAAUAUCCUUGAGCGUAUAUGUGUAGACAUGUAGAUGACCCAAUAAUAGAUGGAGGUUUUCUAAAUAUACAAAUUACUGAAACUGAA